AUGUUCAUUCUCAAAGAGUUAGUGACACCACAAGAUGUCAUUUUUUUUUUUUCAUUGUCAAAAUAUAUUCUUUUUUCAUCAGGAAUUUUUUUCUUUCUUCUCCUCCUACAGUUCAGAAUGAAAGUAUCAUAUGUCAUAUACGCCCACUCCCCUGCCAAUUCUCCCCUGGGCAUUCUUUCUCUCUCUCUCUCUCUACUGAAUUCUUUCUCUCUCUCAUCUAAGUUCUUUUUAUCUCUCUCUCCUGGGUUCUAUCUCUCUCUCUCUCUCUGCUGGGUUCUUUCUAUCUCUCUCUCUCUGCUGGGUUCUUUCUAUCUCUCUCUCUCUCUGCUGGGUUCUUUCUAUCUCUCUCUCUCUCUGCUGGGUUCUUUCUAUCUCUCUCUCUCUGUUUCUUUCUAUCUCUCUCUCUCUCUCUGCUGGGUUCUUUCUCUCUCUCUCUCUCUGCUGGGUUCUUUCUAUCUCUCUCUCUCUCUGCUGGGUUCUUUCUCUCUCUCUCUCUCUCUGCUUUUUUUUCUCUCUCUCUCUGCUGGGUUCUCUCUCUCUCUCUCUGCUGGGUUCUCUCUCUCUCUCUCUCUCUGGGUUCUUUCUCUCUCUCUCUCUCUCUCUUGCUGGGUUCUCUCUCUCUCUCUCUCUGCUGUGUUCUUUCUCUCUCUCUCUCUCUUUGUUCUUUCUCUCUCUCUCUCUCUUCUUUCUCUCUCUCUCUCUGCUUUCUUUCUCUCUCUCUCUCUGGGUUCUUUCUUCUUCUCUCUGCUCUCUCUCUCUCUCUCUCUGGGUUCUUUCUCUCUCUCUCUCUCUCUCUGGGUUCUUUUCUCUCUCUCUCUCUGCUGGGUUCUUUCUCUCUCUCUCUGCUGGGUUCUUUCUCUCUCUCUCUCUGCUGGGUUCUUUCUCUCUCUCUCUCUCUCUGGGUUUCUUUCUCUCUCUCUCUCUCUCUGCUGGUUUUUCUCUUCUCUCUCUCUCUCUCUUCUUUUUCUUUCUCUCUCUCUCUCUCUCUGCUGGGUUUCUUUCUCUCUCUCUCUGCUGGGUUUCUUUCUCUCUCUCUCUCUCUGCUGGGUUCUUUCUCUCUCUCUCUCUCUGCUGGGUUCUUUCUAUCUCUCUCUCUCUCUGCUGGUUCUUUUCUUUCUCUCUCUCUCUCUCUCUCUCUCUCUUUGCUGGGUUCUUUCUCUCUCUCUCUCUCUGCUCUUUUCUCUCUCUCUCUCUCUCUGGGUUCUUUCUCUCUCUCUCUCUGCUCUCUUCUUUCUUUCUCUCUCUCUCUCUGCUGGGUUCUUUCUCUCUCUCUCUCUCUGCUGGGUUCUUUCUCUCUCUCUCUCUCUGGGGUUUUUUUCUCUCUCUCUCUCUCUGGUUUCUUCUCUCUCUCUCUCUCUGCUGGUUCUCUUCUCUCUCUCUCUCUCUCUCUGCUGGGUUCUUUCUCUCUCUCUCUUUCUCUCUCUCUCUCUCUCUGCGGUUUCUUUCUCUCUCUCUCUCUCUCUCUGGGUUCUUUUCUCUCUCUCUCUCUCUCUGGUUCUUUCUCUCUCUCUCUCUUUCUCUCUCUGCUGGGUUCUUUCUCUCUCUCUCUCUGGGGUUCUCUCUCUCUCUCUCUCUCUCUCUUCUCUCUCUCUCUCUCUCUUUCUCUCUCUCUCUCUCUGCUGGGUUCUCUUCUCUCUCUCUCUCUCUCUGGGUUUCUUUCUCUCUCUCUCUCUUUCUUUCUCUCUCUCUCUCUGGUUCUUUUUCUCUCUCUCUCUCUCUUGGUUUCUUUCUCUCUCUCUCUGCUGGGUUCUUUCUUUCUCUCUCUCUCUCUCUCUCUCUCUCUUUUCUCUCUCUCUCUCUCUCUUCUUUCUCUCUCUCUCUCUCUGGGUUCUCUCUCUCUCUCUCUCUCUCUCUCUCUCUCUCUCUGGGUUCUCUUUCUCUCUCUCUCUCUCUCUCUUUCUUUCUCUCUCUGCUGGGUUCUCUCUCUGGGUUCUCUCUCUCUCUCUCUUCUCUCUCUCUCUGCUGGUUUCUUUCUCUCUCUCUCUUUCCUCUCUCUCUCUCUCUGCUGGGUUCUCUCUCUCUCUCUGCUGGGUUCUCUCUCUCUCUCUCUCUCUCUCUCUCUCUCUCUCUCUCUCUGCUGGGUUUCUCUCUCUCUCUCUCUGCUGGGUUCUCUCUCUCUCUCUCUGCUGGGUUCUUCUCUCUCUCUCUCUCUCUCUCUCUCUGGUUCUCUCUCUCUCUGCUGGGUUCUUCUCUCUCUCUCUCUCUGCUGGGUUUCUUUCUCUCUCUCUCUCCUGGGUCUCUCUCUCUCUCUCUGCUGGGUUCUCUCUCUCUCUCUCUCUGCUGGGUUCUCUCUCUCUCUCUCUGCUGGGUUCUCUCUAUCUCUCUCUGCUGGGUUCUCUCUCUCUCUCUCUGCUGGGUUCUCUCUAUCUCUCUCUCUGCUGGGUUUCUUUCUCUCUCUCUGGGUUCUUUCUCUCUCUGCUGGUUUUUCUCUCUUGGGUUCUCUCUCUGCUCUUCUUUCUCUCUCUCUCUCUCUCUGCUGGGUUCUUUUUCUCUCUCUCUCUCUCUGGGUUUCUUUCUCUCUCUCUCUCUCUGCUGGGUUCUUUCUCUCUCUCUCUCUCUGCUGGGUCUCUGCUGGCUCUCUCUCUCUCUCUCUGCUGGGUUCUCCUCUCUCUCUCUCUCUCUCUGCUUUCUCUUUUCUCUCUCUCUCUCUGCUGGGUUCUUUCUCUCUCUCAGUCUCUGCUGGGUUCUUUCUCUCUCUCUGUCUCUGCUGGGUUCUUUUCUCUCUCUCUCUCUGUCUCUGCUGGGUUUUUCUCUCUCUCUCUCUCUCUCUCUGCUUCUUCUUUCUCUCUCUCUGGGUUUCUCUCUCUCUCUCUGCUGGGUUCUUUCUAUCUCUCUCUCUCUGCUGGGUUCUUUCUCUCUCUCUCUCUGCUGGGUUUCUUUCUAUCUCUCUCUCUCUGCUCUCUUUCUCUCUCUCUCUCUCUCUGCUGGGUUCUUUUCAUCUCUCUCUCUGCUGGGUUCUUUCUCUCUCUCUCUCUUUCUCUGCUGGGUUCUUUCUCUCUCUCUCUCUCUGGGUUCUUUCUCUCUCUCUUUCUCUGCUCUUUUCUAUCUCUCUCUUUCUCUGCUGGGUUCUCUCUCUCUCUCUUUCUCUGCUGGGUUCUUCUCUCUCUCUUUUCUCUGCUGGGUUCUCUCUCUCUCUCUCUCUCUCUCUCUCUCUCUCUCUCUCUCUCUGCUCGGUUCUCUCUAUCUCUCUCUCUCUCUCUCUCUCUCUUCUCUCUCCUCUCUCUCUCUCUCUGGGUUCUCUCUCUAUCUCUCUCUCUCUCUCUCUCUCUCUGCUGGGUUCUCUCUCUCUCUCUUUCUCUGCUGGGUUCUCUCUCUCUCUCUCUCUCUCUUUCUCUGCUGGGUUCUCUCUAUCUAUUUCUCUCUCUCUCUCUCUCCUCGGUUCUCUCUAUCUAUCUAUCCAUCUAUCUAUCUAUCUAUCUAUCUAUCUCUCUCCUGGGUUCUCUCUCUCUUUCUCGGGUUCUCUCUCUCUAUCUAUCUCUUUUUUGUCUUUCUCUCUCUCUUGCUGUUUUUGUCUUUCUCUCUCUCUUGCCGUUUUUGUCUUUCUCUCUCUCUUGCUUUUUGUUCUCUCUUUCUCUCUCUGUUUUUCUCUCUCUCUUGCCGUUUUUUUUGUCUUUCUCUCUCUUGCUUUUUGUCUCUCUCUCUCUUGCCGUUUUUGUCUUUCUUCUCUCUCUCCCUUGCCGUUUUUGUCCGCCGUUUUUAUCUUUCUCUCUCUCUCUCUCCUUGCCGUUUUUGUCUUUCUCUCUCUCUCUUGCCUUUUUUUUUUUCUCUCUCUCUCCCUUGCCGUUUUUGUCUUUCUCUCUCUCUCUCUCCCUUGCCGUUUUUGUCUUUCUCUCUCUCUCUCUCUGCCCUUGCUGUUUUUUUGUCUUUCUCUCUCUCUCUCUCUCUCUCUCCUUGCCGUUUUUGUCUUUCUCUCUCUCUCUCCCUUGCCGUUUUUUGUCUUUCUCUCCCUCCUUGCUGAUUGCAAACAGAAGUGUAUGGCAGUUCAUCAGUGGCACUGGGAUCCUUCGACCAAAGGAAUUGGUCUCUUUUGAACUCAAAGAUAAUCAGACAAAAAUAUCUGAAGGUCUUCUUUAUUACAAAAAGCCACAAAAAAGCGCUGAUAAGUUAAAGAAGGAGCGAAAAGUCCCAGAACAACAAAUUGACUUUGUGCAGAAAUUAAGCCUCUUUCUGGGCUUGGAUGAAGUUCAAACUUAUGAUCUCUUCUGUUCCUACCUUACCCACGAAUAUAGAAGCUCAGAAAAAAACCUUAAGCAAAUUCUGAGCAAUGAGCAACACACAAAGGGCCUCAUCUUGAAGAUCCAAGAUUACUACUUCAGUGAACGUUUGUACCUCAUGUGCUGCUUGAAGUACAUCAUCAGUAAUGGACAAGAAAUGAGCCAACAUCCUUAUCAGGAUGUCUACGAAGAGUUUCUUGUCUCUUUGCAAACAGAUGACAAACUUAUAAAAAGUCUGGAAGACCAGUAUAAUGCUCUUUGUGAUGCAGACAUACCAACUUGGGAAACCCAUGGAACAUUAAUGAACAAGAAACAUUCAAUUGUGUGGGCAAUACAAAACCUUAAAGAACAGUGUGAAGUUCUUGAAUGCCUGCUUAUCUCCUUUGGGGAUCUGGUUGAAUGCAAUCUCACAAAGUUUAUGUCUCUUCUCAAUAAAUUUAAAAAUCAAGGAUUUGGUCGUUGGCAGAAAUUUCAACAUUUACUUGAUGAGUCAUCAGAGAAAUACUUGAAGAAAAUUGAGUUUUUGCAAAUCAUUAUUGUAUUAAAGUGUUUAGAUUUUGACCUGAUACAAAUUGCAGCCAAAAAAAAAAGUUUUGAACACCAUCCAUUGAUUAAAGAUCAAAACAGCUUCAAGGAACUUGACAAAUGUUUCUGUGGGCUGUCUAAUCUUCCUACUCAUGGGCCUCUCCUGCUAGGCUGGGCAGCAGCUCGUUGUUACUACAUGGAUGGAGAAGAUGAGCGCACAACUCGAAAGCUCGGCUCGCAGGCACUGCAACUUGAUGCACUCAAUUACAUUUGCACUUUACUGAAGUCUCCUCAUUUUUCAGGAAACAAUGUUGUUUCUUCUGUGGCUUACUGCACUGUUUACACCCUCGUCUGUGCUCUGCUUGAUCAGUUCCAAGAAGACACUAUUGGUGGUGUUAAGGUCUUGUGUUCUGCCAUAUCUCAGCUUCUAAGUAAGCCAUCAAUAGCUAAUGACAUGUGGACACAGGUACAGUUUUUUUUUUCUCUUUUUUUCUUUCUUCUCUUUAUUUUAUCUUUCCAUCUCUCUCUCUGA